AUGGCGGCCUCAACGCCCCACGACCCAGAGACCAAGUUCAAUAUUGUCUGCUGCGCGAUCGGCGGCUUCAUCGGCCUGUUCGGGCUCGUCUCGUUCCUGCUCAAGGAGAGCUUCUUCGUCUCGGAGCCGCUCAUCUCCCUGGCCGCCGGUGUCGCCCUGUCUCCCUUUGGCUUCGACCUCGUGCGCCCGCGGGAGCUUGCCGGCGCCGGACACCCCACCGAUCCUGCUGCACAGCAAGAAGCCGUCGAGACGGCCACGCUGUGCUUCGCCCGGCUCGUCCUCGGCGUGCAGGUCCUCAUCGCCGGCGUCCGGCUGCCCAGCAAGUACCCCCGCAGGGAGUGGCGGUCGCUCGCGGUGCUGCUGGGCCCGGGCAUGCUGGGCAUGUGGGCGGCGACCAGCCUGCUCGUGUGGCUCGUCGUGCCCGGGAUAGACGUUGCCGGCGCCCUCGCUAUUGGCGCGUGUAUGACCCCUACCGACCCGGUCCUGUCCAACUCGAUUGUCCAGGGCCCCUUUGCAGAUCGGCACAUGCCCGAGCCCCUGCAGAUGAUCAUAGUGGGCGAGUCUGGCGCCAACGACGGGCUGGGCUACUUGUUUGUCUACCUGCCGCUGUACCUCGUCAACCACGCGCGCGAGGACGACGGGAGCCAGGUGGGCAAUGCGGUCCUGGCGUUCCUCGGGAUGACCCUAGGGCGGCAGGUCGUGCUGGGCGUCGUGUACGGCGCUGCUGUUGGCUGGGGGGCCAAGUACGUGCUUUACUGGUCCGAGAGGAAGAACUAUGUCGAUACAGAGAGCUUUCAAUUCUUUGUCAUUGCGCUCGCGCUUUUCGUCAUCGGUACUGCCGGCCUACUGGACGUCAAUGACAUCCUGGCCUGCUUCGUGGCAGGCGUCUUGUUCACUUGGGAUGACUGGUUCACCGAGCAGACCAAGAACGACACCCUCCAGCCCAUCAUGGACUUCCUCCUGAGCGUGACAGUCUUCAUGUGGCUCGGCGCCGUAUGCCCGUGGGACCUCUUCUUCAACGCCACCGUCAUGGGCUGGCCGCGGCUGCUCAUCCUGGCCAUCCUCGUCCUGCUGUUCCGCCGCGUCCCCGUAAUCCUGGCCCUGCACACCUUUAUCCCCCAGAUCCGCUCCGUCCGCCACGCGCUCAUCAUGGGCUUCUUCGGGCCCAUCGGCAUCAGCGCCAUCUUUUACGUGUACACGAUCCGGGAGUUCCUGCGCCCGCUGGCGGCGGACGGGCGCGAGGACUGCAGGGCGCUGGCCGACCAGACGCUCGUCGUGGUCUGGUUCCUGGUGUUCUCGAGCGUGGUGGUGCAUGGCCUGGCUAUCCCGCUGGGCACUUUGGCGACUUCCCUGCCGCAGGUCAUUAGACAGACAAAGACCGUACUUGGCGGCGAAGAAAUAGACAACUCUCGUGCUGCCGCUCGGCAGCAGCAGGAGGAUGGACAGCACCCUGAGCGGGGGGAGCGCCGGCCGUUGCUUGGUCAGGAGACCGACGGUCGAAUAGACUCUGCAUAG